GAGACGGGCCAGCACCGAUGUGCUCUGUUUAUUUUUGAGUCUCCGUAAGCAAAGUGACCAACCAGACCUGGGCGUUUAGAUUCGGCUCCAACCUGUUAGCCAUCUGAUUGUUCCCUCUCGUGUCUUUCAUGUUGGUCCAGAUUCGCGUGAAUGUGACGCGUGGACGACAGAUUGGCAGCGAAAGCGCGUCCCUCUCACCCACGAACAUCAUGGGCUCAUGGACUUGAGAGGGAAGAGUCUCCUGUCUAUUUUGAGGCAGAGCUGUUUCAUGCCCUGUUGGAAUUUAAUCAAGCAUAAUACAGCAUGGACCAGGUGCUUGCCGCGUCUCAUGUUCCAAACUGGACGAUAUCGUGGGACGAGCAGCUUACCAUAACGAGAUUGCGUUGGCUGCGUCUGAGCUGGAAUGUGUGUUGCCACACGGCAGACGCUGCACGCUGCUCAUCCUGUCUCACAGUCGAACAGCAGCUUAAAGAAACACAGGAGCCGGAGCAUCUUCACCCACAUCUUCUGCUGCUUUCGCAACUACAAUGUGGAGCCACCAAGCUCCAUCAACAAGCCCUGCAGCCUGCCUCCUCCCACGGAGAAUGGCCCCACCCCUAAGUGUGAUCAGGUCGAGGUCAGCCCUAUUCCCAGUUCUCCCACCAAAUAUCUCCUUCCUGAGGUCAGCAUCAGUGACUGUGGGAAGAACUGCGUGGUGAUCGACCUCGAUGAAACUCUGGUUCACAGCUCCUUCAAGCCCAUCAGCAAUGCAGAUUUCAUAGUUCCCGUGGAGAUUGAUGGAACCAUUCAUCAGGUGUAUGUGCUAAAGAGACCCCACGUGGAUGAGUUCCUGCAGAAGAUGGGAGAACUGUUCGAAUGUGUGCUCUUCACUGCCAGCUUGGCGAAGUAUGCCGACCCAGUGGCAGACCUGCUUGACCGCUGGGGAGUGUUCCGGGCCCGCCUCUUCAGGGAAUCCUGCGUGUUCCACAGGGGGAACUACGUGAAAGACCUCAGCCGCCUCGGACGACAGCUCAGCAAAGUCAUCAUAGUGGACAACUCGCCGGCGUCGUACAUCUUCCACCCGGAGAACGCUGUCCCGGUGCAGUCGUGGUUCGACGACAUGGCCGACACAGAACUGCUGAAUCUGCUUCCUCUGUUUGAGGGUCUGAGCAGAGAGGAGGAUGUUUACAAUGUGCUACAGAGCCUGAGGGCUAGGUAGCACGAUGACCUGCCCUGGACUGUACUGCACACGCGCGCACACACACACACACACACACACAUUCUCUCUCUCUCUCCCUCUCUCUCUCUCUCUCCACCAAGACACUGUUCAGCUGUGGCCUGCUGAUGGUCUUGCUCUGUUGAGGUCAGAACUCUCGUCCACGUUACUGGACUCUGUGGACAGAACCUCCUCUUGCAGUUUGACAUUUUUGGACCACAAUGCCAAUAGCAGUCACCGGCAUGAGAAAUAAAAACUACAUUUCUACAUUUUUUGUGGAGCAAGUGAAUAGAAUAAACACAAAUUAAUUUUUGUAACGGAGACAUAAGAGUUUACUAUUCUAAAGCUCUAUAUAUUUACCAGAAAAAAGACAAAAAAUGAAAAACAAGCUUUUUUUUUUUUUCUUUCUUUCCCUAGAGGGUGGUAAUGUGGGGUGAUGUGAGUAUGGCCAGUCAGACACUUUGGUUCAUUCUAUGCACACGUUUUUUUUGGGUUUUUUUGAUCACCAGUCGUUCCGACAACUGUGAUUUUUCUCUCACCAAAUAAAGUGCCUUCUGACUGCUGUUUUUAUGAGGAUAUAAAUAACUUUUUAAUAAGCUGCGUAUUUCCAGUGAGCUCGAAACCUUUAAACUAAACCUGAGCGGAAAGCCUUUUAUUUUCCAGCUGUUUAUUUAUGAUGAGGACUUUUAACUUGUCUUUAUUGCUCCGGGUUUCCUGUCGGAGAGAGACUGAUGCCAUUCUAGUCUUUUUCUGCUGGAGCUUUUGCCUUUAAAAGAAUAGAAUACAUGCAUUGUGUUGAUGGAGGGGGGAUUAUCAUUCGCAUCUGUUGCCUAAUUUAUAGUUUGAUUAAAUGAUUUGUAACGUGAGACUGGUUACUGUUAAUCAACACUCCAAUACAGUGCAAGUCAAUAUGAGUAUUUAACUUUAUCAGAAUAAAAGUUGCAAUCGGUAUCUCAAA